AUGUCAACCUUCACCAAACAGAAGGCUUUCUUUCUCCUCGAGAAGCAUGGUCAAUUUGCCGUUCGCGACCGUGACGUUCCAACUCCCAAGCCCGGCGAGCUCCUCAUCAAGAACGAGACGAGCAGCCUUAACCCGAUCGACUGGAAGACGCAGGACUUCGGCAUGUUCGUCACAAAUUACCCCGCCGUCAUAGGAGCGAUUGCGGUGAUCAACGACUGGGCGGCGUACCAACAAUACACGUUGAGCAACCCCCAAAAUGUCGCUAAGAUCCCCGAGGGGAUUUCCUUCGAUGAAGCGGCUACCCUCCCAACUGCGCUUGUGUCCUCUGCCGUCGCCCUCUACAGCCAGCCUGGCGCUGGCGAGUACGUCCCACCGUGGGCCGAGGGUGGCAAAGGCAAAUACGCUGGCCAGCCGCUCGUGAUCAUUGGCGGUUCAUCCGUGAUCGGUUCAGGAGCCAUCCAAUGGGGCAGGCUCUCCGGCUUCUCGCCCAUCAUCACAACCGCGUCGCUCAAGAACACCGAGCUCCUCAAGUCUUACGGUGCGACGCACGUCCUCGACCGCAACCUCUCUGUGGAUGCUACUCGCGAGGAGACUCUCGGAUACGAGCUCCUCGCGCCUGGCGGCCGGCUCUUCAUCAUCCUCCUCGACAGCAUAAAGGAGAAGACGGAGGGCCGGACAGUCACGUUCGCGCCCGUCGCUGCCCGCCUUCAGCAAGACCCUCAGUUCAACCUCGACCUGUUCAAGGCGAUCACAGCCUACCUCGAGUCGGGUGAAAUCAAGCCGCUUAAGGCAGAAGUCCUUCCUGGAGGCUUGGCGGGGGCUUUCUCUGGCGUGGAGAAGUUGAGGAACAACCAAGUCAGUGGGACCAAACUUAUUGUCCAUCCUCAGGAGACUGCGUAA